AAGCGAGCAAGCCGGAGCUGAUAAGAAAACAAUGAAAGAAAGAGAAGAUAUUGAUUUUCUAUCUCAUCACCUGCAUGUCUUUGCAUGGCCGAUCAACAAUAUCUUGUUUCAUACAUUUCCUCAUCCAGGACGAAUUUUAUCAACUAGAUUUCAUUAAAAUUAUAAACUACUGGAUAUAGACAUAUACAUUAUUUCGAUCGAGAAAAGAAAAAAGGAACUUAUUAUUAUUAUAUCAUGAAGGCUUGGGAGGCAACGGUGAGGAAAACACAAGCAGUAGCGAGGAAACGAGCCAACACAAUAUUUGGUACGUAUGGACCAUCUCACGUCGAGGAAGAGAUCAUAGUUGAUCAAGUAGAUCCAGAACAGGAGAAUGAGGGUCACGCGAAUGGGGAGGUUUACCAUUCGGAGAGGUUCCUCCCCAAUGGAGAUUACUAUAGUGGCUAUUGGGUGGAUAGUUUCCCACAUGGUCAUGGCAAAUAUUGGUGGACUGAUGGGUGCAUGUACGUAGGUGAUUGGUUUCGAGGCAAAAAGAUGGGGAAAGGCACAUUUAGUUGGCCCUCUGGUGCUAUGUAUGAGGGGAAUUUCAAGAGUGGAUACAUGGAUGGAGAAGGCACGUAUACGGGGCCUAAUGGGGACUCAUUUAGAGGUUCAUGGGUGAUGAAUUUGAAACAUGGACAUGGGGUUAAAGAAUAUUCGAACGGAGAUGUCUAUGAUGGGGAAUGGAGUCGAGGAUUACAAGAAGGACACGGGAAGUAUACGUGGAAGAAUGGGAAUUGUUAUGUUGGUGAAUGGAAGAAUGGUGGGAUAUGUGGGAAAGGGAAGAUGUGUUGGAAAAAUGGGAAUGUGUACGAAGGGAAUUGGGAAGGCGGAGUGCCAAAGGGAAAUGGGACAUUGCAAUGGAUUGAUGGUAGCUUUUAUGUUGGAAACUGGAGUAAAGAUGCGAAUGAACAAAAUGGGACAUUUUAUCCAUCUGCAUCGUUGUUAGAAAGUGGAAAUCUUGACUGGGAUCCUCAGGAGGUUUACGAUAGAGAUUUGAUGGAAUGUAGCAUUUGUCCAAAUGAGAAGGUAUCAAUAUUGCCUUCUCAGAAAAAGCUGGCAGUUUGGAGGUCUGCCAAGGCGGCAGAAAAUAACGUUAGGCCGAGGAGGAUGUCAGUAGAUGGGCGAAUAGACGCAGCCCCUGUAGAAAGGGAAUUUGGUCGAAUGCGUUUAUCAGAUGUCACGCCUCCAACUAUUUCUUAUAAUAUAGAUGAUCCUAUCGCCGUGGAUGGAUAUAUUAGAGGGAGCCCUAUUAGACUUCCUAAGGCAGCAAAAAGGCAAGGAGAGACUAUUUCCAAAGGUCAUAAGAAUUAUGAGCUUAUGCUCAAUUUGCAAUUGGGAAUCAGGCAUUCAGUAGGAAGGCCAGGACCAGUUCCAUCACUAGAUCUCAAGCCUUCAGCAUUUGAUCCCAAAGAGAAGUACUGGACAAGAUUCCCACCUGAAGGAUCCAAAAGCACACCUCCUCAUCCAUCUUGUGAAUUCAGAUGGAAAGACUAUUGCCCUAAAGUUUUCAGGGCUUUAAGGAUGUUAUUCAAAGUAGACGCAGCUGAUUAUAUGUUGUCUAUUUGUGGCAAUGACGCCCUUCGCGAGCUAUGCUCCCCAGGAAAAAGUGGAAGCUUCUUCUACUUGACAAAUGAUGAUAGAUACAUGAUCAAGACAAUGAAGAAGGCUGAAGUCAAAGUGCUUCUAAGGAUGCUCCAUGCCUAUUUCAAUCAUGUUCGCGCUUUUGAGAACACCCUAGUGACCAAGUAUUUUGGCCUGCAUUGUGUUAAGCUAACCGGACCAGCACAGAAAAAGGUACGAUUUGUUAUCAUGGGGAAUCUCUUCUGCACUGAUUAUGCAAUUCAUAGACGAUUCGACUUGAAAGGGUCAACAUUUGGGCGGAUGACAGAUAAGCCAGAAUCAGAGAUUGAUGCAACCACAACUCUAAAGGACCUUGAUCUCAACUUUAUAUUCCGGUUACAAAAGACAUGGUUCCAAGAAUUCCGAAGGCAAGUUGAUAGGGAUUGUGAGCUACUGGAACAAGAGAGAGUCAUGGAUUACAGCCUUUUAGUUGGUCUUCAUUUUAGGGAAGCAAGUAGCACUGGAGACCAAACUCCUCCUGGUUAUAGAACACCUACUGGAUAUUCUUCGAGGAUUCGUCAUUUUCCAUUGCUUGCAGAUAAUGAAGGAUUGGAAGAUGGAUCAGUUCCUCGUCUUUCUCGGGCAGAUAGGGAUCAAUUACUUCUUAAUCCUGCAGGGUGGGGUGGCAUGAGUUUGGGUAUAAACAUGCCAGCAAGGGUUGAAAGGACAGAGAGGAAAAAUGACUUAGACUUUCAGUUAGUAGGAGAACCAACAGGGGAGUUGUAUGAUGUGAUAUUAUUUUUUGGAAUCAUAGACAUACUUCAGGACUAUGACAUUACCAAAAAGCUUGAGCAUGCAUACAAAUCUAUCCAAUGUGACCCCAAUUCUAUCUCUGCUGUCGAUCCAAAGGCAUACUCAAGGCGUUUUCGCGAUUACAUAUUCAAAGUUUUUACAGAGGACACCUGACAAGGAAUUAACAAGAUGAAGCUUGUUUUCUUAUUAUUACUAGGACACAAGCUUAAUUGCCAACAACUGUAUACCAUUUUGGUGAAAGUUUUCUCUAUGGUUGCAGCUAAAAUAUAGCUAGCACACUUCCAUUUCAUUUUUCUUUAUGAUUUUUUAAGUAGAUACAAACACCAUUUGAGAUGACAAUUGUAUAGAAACAGUUGUAAGAGAAAAAUCACUGAUUUAAUUGUGACAUAUG